UUAAUUUUAUCUAAUUAUCCUGAUGUCACCGCCGUCUUUCAGCGCGUAAUUAAAAUGUGACCUGCGAGCUUCCUCCUCUAUUCUCCACCGGAGAGAAAAAACACAAACUGAAUUAAACAAAUCAAGUGUUUGGUGGCUGAUUGUGUCCCUCCUCCCUGUCUGUGGUGGCUGAUCCACACACACACACACACACACACACACACACACACACACACACACACACACACACACACACACACACACACACACACACACACACACGCACACACACACGUUCUUUCACCCUCGUUCUCUCUCACACACACUCACUUGUUCUGUGUAUGUGUCCCCACAGCGUACGGUGCAGAAGAAUGCCAAAUAUGUGUGCCUGGCCAGUAAGAACUGUCCCGUGGACAAACGGAGACGCAACCGCUGCCAGUACUGCCGCUUCCAGAAGUGCCUCAGUGUCGGCAUGGUGAAGGAGGGUAAGAAACACACACACACGAUCACAAUCAGUCCCAUUAGCUAAUUUUCCUAUAGAACACACCUUCUAAUAAGGUAAAUCUGACCCCUGGUCUCCAUGGUGAUGGUGUGUAUCUCUAAUAAUGGUGUGAUUGGCCGGUAAUGGUCUGGCCUAUACAGCGGUCACACAGGUGCACACGCCCGAUGCACACAUUUUGCUUUGGUAAGAGAAGGACUUAAGUGGUGAAAAGCAGACAGACUGGCAUCUCCUACUGAUUGUAGGACCCACACAUGCCAUGGGUCCCACAGGAGUCCUGAUUUAAUGUCACCCUCUAACUCUUUUACUGUAACUCUCACACAGUAACUCUCACACAGUAACUCUCACACAGUAACUCUCACACAGUAACUCUCACACAGUAACUCUCACACAGUAACUCUCACACAGUAACUCUCACACAGUAACUCUCACACAGUAACUCUCACACAGUAACUCUUACACAGUAACUCUCACACAGUAACUCUCACACAGUAACUCUCACACAGUAACUCUUACACAGUAACUCUCACACAGUAACUGUCACACAGCUCCACUGCCCUCUGCUGGCCAGUAACAGUGGGAAUAGUGGAACAGUGGGAAGGAUGGGACUGGGAUUUUCAUCUUUCAUCAGCAGCAUACCAAGAUGAGCCAUACCUGCUGUCCUCACCCUUUCUCCCUCUAAUGUGGUACAGCUCUCUCUCCUGUCUGAAAUCUGAUCUAUCUCUCCUGUCUGAAAUCUGAUGUCUCUCUCCUGUCUGAAAUCUGAUCUCUCUCGCCUGUCUGAAAUCUAAUCUCUCUCUCUCUCUCCUGUCUGAAAUCUGAUCUCUCUCUCCUGUCUGAAAUCUGAUCUCUCUCUCUCUUCUCCUGUCUGAAAUCUGAUCUCUCUCUCUUCUGUCUGAAAUCUGAUCUCUCUCUCUAUGGUCUCUCCUCAGUGGUGCGUACAGACAACCUGAAGGGCCGUCGAGGUCGUCUGCCCUCCAAACCAAAGAGCCCUCUGCAGGCGGAGUCCUCACCUCCCUCGCCUCCCCUCAGUCUGCUCUCUGCUCUGCUCAGGGCCUACUCACACUGCACUCCCAGGGAACUAGACUACAGCCAGGUAGGCUACCUGUGUCUCUCUCUCUCUCUCUCUUGCUGUCGUCUUUCGUCAUUCUAGCUGGUCAUGCUGUUGAUCUCUCUCUCUUAGCUCUUUCUCUCUCUCUCUCUCUUCUCUCAUCUCUCUCUCUCCUCUCCUCUCUCCAUCUCUCUUCCCUUCUCUCUACUUCCCCACCAUCCCUCCCUUACUUUCUGUCCGAUACGUUCAUCGCGAUAGCCCCUCUCUCCAUCUCCUCUCUCGCCUCAUCCACCCUCUAAGCUGCUCACCCUCUCCAUGGCCGAGUGUUCAGUGCGGCCGGACGCCCCUCCUCCUCCUCCUCUGACGCCCAGUACAUCCAGCUCUUCUAUAGGCUGCUCACCGUCUCCAUGGAAACCACACGUUGCUGGGCCGACCGGCUGCCCGGCUUCAAUGAGCUUCACCGCGAUGACCAGAACCUGCUCAUAGAUUCUGCCUUCCUGGAGCUCUUCGUCCUGCGAUUGGCCCACAGGUAAGACACACACCCGGCCACACCCACCUGGCCUUGCCUACACACACCUGACAACACCCACCUGGCCACACCUACCUGGCCACACCCACCUGGCCACACCACCUGGCCACACCCACCUGGCCACACACACCUGGCCACACCUACCUGGCCACACCCACCUGGCCACACAUACCUGGACCACACCUACCUGGCCACACCCACUUGGCCUUUUCCCUAGCUGUGUUUUCUUUACUUUAUGAAAGGAGAUCAUCAUGACACACACACGAUUCCGAUCCCUUGAGUCUGGUGUCUGACGUACAGAAGUUGGUGUGUGUGUGUGUGUGUGUGUGUGUGUGUGUGUGUAAGCAUGUGAGUGUUUAUAGAGGGAUGAACCAGUCAUUUAUUGACAGAGCUGAGUCUACUUUAGAGCUGGACGUCAUGUUUCUACUUCAGAACAUUCUAUACGUCUUCUAUUUCAUGUUGUCUAAACUGUAACGGCCAAACUUUUGCUCCUGUGUGUCUGUGUGUGUGUGUGUGUGUGUGUGUGUCUGUGUGUGUAUGUGUUUGUGCGUGUGUGGAUACCUGCAGUGCCAUUGUGAGCGCCCCAGCCUGUACCACAGCGUUGCUAUGGGUUACUGUACUGACCCCUAGAGUAUGUGGUUGACUAAAUUUAUGGGAUGGCAAAGGGAGGUACUAGCUCAUCCUUUUGUCUAAGCAGUUGUCUGGGACAGAAAACAAACACACACGUACGCAAACACACUCACACACAGACACACCACACUCACACAUAGACACACACAGACACACACACACUCACACAUAGACACACACAGAGAGACACACACACAUAGACACACACACACACACACACAGACAGACACACCACCAUAGACACACACAGACACACACUCACACAUAGACACACACACACACAUGGACAUACACACACAGACAGACACACUCACACAUAGACACACACACACACACACACACAGACAUACUCACACUCACUGCUUUUAGCAUGUGUAUGUUACUUCUACUAAAAACUCUACACAAGUAGAAAGUGAAACAUGACUGUAAAUUAGUAUAGCACAGCCCCAAUCCCCAGCCUGGCCUCCAGGUGCAGGGUGGGUAGGGGGUGGGUGGUGGCGUCUCAGCCCCACCAGGGGGGCACCAGCCUGGGCCUCUGACUCACUCUGGACUGGUGAUUCAGAGAGGCCUCCAUCACACACCACACACACACACACACACACACACACCAGCAACCAAACAUCAUGCAGUCACCUCCCACUGGACAGAAUAGUCACACACGGUGGUUUCAGUACUCUUUCUUUCACUCAUUGUAGAGCCUGAGAGCGAGGGAGACAGACACACACACACACACACACACAGACACUCACUGUGAUUGCUGUUGCGAACCUGCUAUGGCCCUGUGGUGAACCCAGAUGCCUCUGGUCCCCAAUGUAUGUGUUAGCACGCACAUUAGUGUGUUUUUUUGUGUGUGAGAGAGAGAGAGAGAGAGCGAGAGAGAGAGAGAGAGAAAGAGAGAGUGUGUGUGUGUGUGUGUGUGUGUAGGGUAUAUUUGCUCCGGUCCUGCUGGUGUUGCCGUAAUCACUUUUUAACUGGUUGUCAUGGUUAUUGAGCAAUCUCUGUGGUGACGGUUGUAGUCAGGGGAGAGAGGAAUGUGUGGCAGACAUCCAGGAGGGAGCAAUGAUGUGUGUGUGUGUGUGUGUGUGUUUGUUGACGGCUGGAUUAUAUCUUGUCUGCUGUGUCUCUCUUCCUCUUCCAUCUCUCCAGACCAUCCCUCAUUCCUCUUCUCUAGUGCCCUCUCUUAACCUCCCCAUCCAUCCAUCCAUCCAUCUUCUCUCCCUCUCAUCUCUCUCUUGUUCCCCCUCUUCUUGCUCUAAUUCUCCUCUCCUUCUACUCGUGGGGAUCCACACUGUGACUGGAUCUGGCAAGUGCUGGCGUGAAGCACGUUGUGUUGGGCAUUGUGUCUGUGUAUCAUUUGGAGUGUUGAGUAGUAUGUCGUGUGUGUGUUGUUAGUUGGUGGUGGGGUAGUGAGGGGAGGUGUGUGUUGGGGGGUGAAGAGGGGCGGAGGGGGGAGCGUGGUGGGUGGGGACGAUGCGGGCGGGAUGGCGGAUGGUGGUGGGGGUGGGCCGUAGGAGGUGGGGGGUGGCUGGGUGGGUGUGGGUUGGUGCUUUUGUGCCUGGUGGGGGGUUGCAGGAAUUAAUUAAAUGAAGUGUACGAGCGGUGAGGUUUAUGUGUGUGUGGGGAGGUAUGAAGAGAGGGUUGGGAGUUAUGAAGAAGGGAGUGCGCGAGGGAGCUAGGAGGAAAAAUGUAAGGAGGAGAAGAGACAAAAAAGGUUAUGGUAGGUGAAUUACCUUAGAAGAACUGCGAAAAAAGAACACGCGAAUCGGUAGUUGCAGAGACCCAGAGGAGAGGACAAACAAAAAGGCAUAAAGAAGAGAGAGAAAGAACGAGGCCGAAAGAAGGAGAAAAUAAAGAGAAGAUAGCAAAGCAUGAGAGAUAGUUUAACGAAGGAAUAGAGAGGAGCAGAGGGAGACUAGAGUCCUAGAGUUCUCCCGAGAGAAGAUAGCGCGCGAGUUGACAACAAGACGAAGAGCGAGAACAUGGAAUAGCGGAGCAGAGGAUAAAGCAGAUAGAGAUGAGCAGAUAACGAGCGCUGCUAGGUUGGAGGGGAACAGUCACGAGAAGGUCCUACGCUCGCGCCGAGACUUCUGCUCUCCAUCCUCUCUCUCCUCUCUCUCGCUCUCUCCGCUAGUCUCCCUCCUCUGCAAUUAAUUGCAAUCAAUGAAGGGCUUAUUGGCAUGGAUAAACAUAUGUCACCUGCCAAAGGCAGUGAAAAAGGUGAAGGUCGAUAGAAGUGGUGAACGUAGUAGAUAGUAAACCAGAAAGUGGAAAGUCGGAAAUAACAAAUAAAUAAUUAACAGUAAACAGUACAAGCAGAAAGUUACAAAAGAAUAAAGACAUUUCAACAGGUAAAUUAUUGUUAAUGAACAGGGGUUCGUUUUGUUUCGUGUGUGUAAUGUGGUCUUUCGUAAAUUGUGAAAAUAGUUUUAAAGUAAAAACUGGGAGAAAAAUAGAAAAUAAUAUAAAAAUUAAAUAGGGUGUAGUUACAAUGGUGUUUUGUCUUCAAUGGUUGCGCCGUGUUCUUUGCGUGGCAAAAGGUAACAAUUCUUUGCCAGAUCUGCUGCAGCUCGUUGUAUGGGUGCACCACGGUGGUUUUCCCCACAAGUUAAGUUAGAUAAGGGAAGUUGUAGUGAAGUAGUUUUCUCAAAAUUGGGUUUGUUUUCUAUCUUUGUGGAUCGGUAAUAUGAGGGAAUAUUGUGUCUCUAAUGGUCAUAAAUGUUGGCAGGGGUUUAGGAAAGUGCACGCUCGUUUCCACUCAUUUGGGGCCAGGGGGCACCUAAGCCUGUUCUCUCUUGAGAGCCAGUGGGUCUGCCUAUGGCGGCCGCGUUAUUGUCUCAAAGAGCAAGGCUAUGAUAACGGAGGGGGGACAUAGUCAAAGCCUUUCCUCUCUCUCUCCGUCUCUCUGCUUCACUCUCUCGCGUGCUCGUACGUCUUCUCGUCUCUUCGUCCGAUCCCCCUCGCUUCUUCUCUCUCUCUCUCUGCUGCUCUCUCUCUCUCUCCUGUUCUCUCUCCCAUUUCCCCCAUUUGACGUAUAAUAGGGGGCGUAGGAAAAGUAGGAUGAUCGUGUGUCGUGUGUAAACAAUGGUUAAAAGAUCUGAAAAAGCUUUUCAGUGUCCUUAUUAAGACCAGGAUCUGUGUUUCCACUGUGUACACUAUGCCCCCCCCCCCCCCCCCCCCCCCCCCCCCCCCCCCCCCCCCCCCCCCCCCCCCCCCCCCCCACCCCACCCCCACACACCCACACAAACUACACACACACACACACACAGCCCUCUGCCUAACCGUUCACCUUCCCACACGCGCACAGAAACCACAGGAAUGUUUUAAAGCCAUCUAAUUGGAAAACACUGUAAUUAAGCUGCAGCCUCUGCGUGAGUGUUUGUUCGUGUGGUGUGUGUGGUGUGUGUGUGCCACUGUUUCUCAUUUGUAGUUAUUGUAAUUGUUUCCUUGUGCAGUGUUUUAGACCGGGGCACCGAAAACCAAUAGGAAAGCUCAUAAGGAGUCAUGAUUUGUGAUUGCAAGCCCCACAUGAAGGGCACUAGAGAAUCAACCCCUUCUAUUGUGUUCUAUAUCCAUAUACACAGUUACUAUAAUGCUAUAUGCUCUUGCUCUUGCAACAUGUCUUAGCCCCACAAUCUAAUGCCACCUCCCUGAUCAAACUUUCACCCACAUAGUAACCCUCCGAAUCUCUUCUCCCCUCUCUCUCCCCCACACCCAGAUAUGUAUCCUUCUCUCUCCUUCUCUCUCUCCUCAGCUCUCUCUCCUCUGUCUCGGCUUUGUCGGAUUUCUGCUCCUCCCCUCUCUCUCUCUCUAUCUUUUCUCUCUCUUUCUCUCUCUCUCUCUUCCUCUCUCUUCUCUAUCUCCUAUCCUCUCCCUCUCCCCCCCCCCCUCUCCCUCUCUCUCUCUCUCUCUCUCCCUCUCUCUCCCCUCUCUCUCCCUCUCUCCCCCCUCUCCUCUCUCUCUCCUCUUUCUCUCUCUCCUCUCGCCCUAUCUCUCUCCUCUCCUCUCUCCUCUCUCGAUCUUCUCUCUCACUCUCUCUUCUCUCGCUUUCUCCUCUCGCUCUCCUCUCUCCCUGUCAGGUCUUUGUUGUCGGAGGAUAAGCUGGUGUUCUGUAAUGGCCUGGUGCUGAGCAGGUUCCAGUGUCUGAGAGGUUUUGGAGAGUGGCUGGACUCCAUCAGAGACUUCUCCUCUCAUCUACAGAGUCUCAACCUGGACACCUCAGCCUUCUCCUGCCUGGCUGCCCUGGUUCUGCUCACAGGUAACACACCCACCCAUGUGCACGCACGCACGCGCACACACACACACACACACACAGGUAACUCACACAUAUGCACCCACACAUAGGUAAUACACACACACACACAGGUAAUACACACCCAAUCCUUUGUUUGUAGGCUUUAAGUUAAGCCUUCGGUCACUCAGUGUUGUCACGACAAUCAGGUUAAAUUCACUGACGUCUCACACACUCACACACACACAUACACACAGCUUUAUUUUCGUGAAAUUUCAGGACUUUUUUGGAACCAUUAAAAAUCCUAUUUUCCCUAACCCCUAACCCUAACCCUAACCCUACCCCUUAACCUAACCCUAACCCUAACCCUAAACCUAAACCUAAACCUAACCUUAACCUUAACCCCCAAACCCUAAACCUAACCCUUAAGCUUAAAAUAGCAUUUGGACAAAUUCAGGACCUGAAGAAAGUCCUGACUUUUCAAAAAAGUUAUUGUUUUCCUACCUCAGGACAUUCGGGUGAAUUGUUAGGACAUUGGAGUCCUGAUAAUGUAGGGAAACAAGUACACACACACACCCUAACACACACAUACACAUAUACACACACCCACUAACACGCACACACUAACACACACACACAAACACCCUAACACCCUAACACACACAGUAACACACACACACAUACUAACACACACACUUAAACACACCUCUGUCCGGAAGGUACACCUGAUCUCCGGCAGCACCUGCUGCACCUGCCUGACACCUGGUCCCUUAAUCAGAGCAUGAGUGUGAACCAUGUAGGAGCAUCACUGAUUCCUGUGUGUGUGUUUGUGUUUGUGUGUCAUGUGUGUGUGUGUUCUGCUGAAUGCCUCCUGCACGGAGAACAGAGAAUACACUCUCCGACUCUACCCCCCCCCACACUUCACCAGUGAGUAAAGAGCUGAGAGCAGACAGAGGAGAGCAGAGGGUCAUUCAACAAAGAGAGACACUUUAUCUCACUCUUUUAUUUACCCUCGUUUAACUUUUUUUUGCCUAACAUGUUACUCUGAGAUUUCAAAUUCUACUACACCCCUCCCCCACACACAGUCCCAUCCCCUCCCUCCCCCCCAUCCUCUUCUCGUCCCCGUCCCCGUCCCCCACCCUCCCCUCCCUCCUCCCCUCUCUGGGGGAGCACUUAACUCCGUGCCGGAUCGACCGGGUCACCGCGGAGCUCGGCUCUGGAAUCGUGUCCACACGGCUCUCAGUGGCAGUCUGCCGCCUCCACACAGCACACAGGACACUGCUACUGUAGAACCGCUAGAGCCGCUAGAACCAUCGACCGAGGCAGAGUGGCCUCUGCAGAAAGACAGCCAUCGAUCCCUCCCUCCCUUCUCCCCAGGAACUCAGUUAGAGAGAGAGAAAUAAUGGAUUCAGAGAAGAAUGAGAGGGGUAGAGAGGUGAGGGAGAGAGUAUGAGGUCUGAAAGCUGCCUCUCUCAGUGAGAGGUGAAAAGGACCUUGACAGUGACUGCAGCACCAAACACACAGACCGUACAGAGAGUAGACGUCUCACACUGAGGCUAGUAUUACAACUUUCUACACCCACAGUACACACACACACACACACACACACACACACAUACACUCUUACUGAUACACAGCGACUCAAACUACGAGUGUGUAUAUGUAUUUUAUGUGUGUGUGUGUGUGCAUGUGUGCAUGUGUGGUGUGUGUGACUGUCUGGACACCCUGUUCUCUACAGAAUGAGUUAGUGUCACAUUAAGGCUGGUCGGGGUGCCAGUAGGGUUGCUAAGGGCAGUGGAGUGUGUGUGUGUCUGUGUCUAAUCUCAUUUGGCUGCUCACAGGAGCGAAUAAUCUGCUAAUUGUUGAGCACUGGCUACUUGUGUUGAUGUCAACCUCUUAGAGAAGGCGAGUGUGUUUGUGUGAGAGUGCGUGCUUGAGUGUGUAUGUGUGUGUGUGCGCGCUUGAGUGCGUGUUUGUGUGUUUAUAUGUAAAAUUGUCACAGGACUCGGUUGGGGGGGGGGGGUAUAUUAGGUUAGUGUGUGUAUUGAUCUGCAGUGAGAGAGACAGACAGGGUGUGUGUGUGUCUGGGAGGUUUAGAGCCUGUUUAAGGUUUAAGGCUGCGGUAACAUAAUAACAACAAGAUCCACAGGAGCUAAUGAGAUGGAAUUGAAUAGAAAACAAGAUGGAGUUUGUGCUUUGAGCUGGCAGCGCUCUGAGCAAGUGGAGGAGCACUGUGUGUGUGAAAGAGGAGCACUGUGUGUGUGAAGGAGGAGCACUGUGUGUGUGAAGGAGGAGCACUUUGUGUGUGAAGGAGGAGCACUGUGUGUGUAAAGGAGGAGCAAUGUGUGUGUGAAGGAGGAGCACUCUGUGUGUGAAGGAGGAGCACUGUGUGUGUGAAGGAGUGGCACUGUGUGUGUGAAGGAGGAGCACUGUGUGUGUGAAGGAGUGGCACUGUGUAUGUGAAGGAGAAGCACUGUGUGUGUGAAGGAGGAGAACUGUGUGUGUGAAGGAGUGGCACUGUGUGUGUGAAGGAGGAGCACUGUGUGUGUGAAGGAGGAACACUGUGUGUGUAAAGGAGGAGCACUGUGUGUGUAAAGGAGGAGCACUGUGUGUGUGAAGGAAGAGCAUUGUGUGUAUCUAUCUCUCUUUGUAUAUCUGUUUGGUCUGUAACCCGUCUUUUGUCCCCUCUGUCUCCACAGAGCAGGUCCCAGGACUGAAGGACAGUAAGCGCGUUGAGGAGCUGCAGAACAAGGUGGUCUGUUGCCUUAGAGACCACCUGGGCUUUGGCCCCUCCUCCUCCUCCAAAGCCACGCCCCCUCUAAGUCGUGUGCUGGGUGUUCGGGCGGAGCUCCGCUCCCAGAGGACCCAGGGUCUGCAGAGGAUCUUCUACCUGAAGCUGGAGGACCUGGUCCCGCCCCCACCUCUGAUUGACAGGUUCCUAGACACUCUGCCCUACUGA